AUGAAAAACGCCUUUGUCAAUUUAGCAAUUCCUUUUGUGAAAUUGACUGAGCCAGGGUUAGUACCAAAGAAGAAAAUCAAUGAAAAAGUCACAGUUACAUUAUGGGAUAUAUGGGCACAUGAAAUUACAAAGUCAACUACUUUCAGAUAAUUAUUUGAAAUUCUGAAUUAAUAAUAUGAUUUGCAUCCAAGAGAUGUUUUCUUGAAGGCUUAACCUGUGUACAUGGAGAUCAUGUAUGCUAAAAAGCCAGAUGAGAAAAAGCACUUCUUGGACCAACCAAUUAUUAAAGUUUUAGAAAUACAGAAAUAUGUUGAUUUGACUAUCAAUUUCACAUUGAAUUAGGAGAGUUAAGAGAUUAUCAAGGGAAUCCCUUAAGUCAGAUUGGCUUUGAAAUGA